ACCCCCAUCCCUUCUCCCAGUCCCGAUCAGUCGGAGAGUGAUGAGACACCGCGUACGUGCCCCAGCACGCAGCCCGUCCUAUCCCCGUCUCCCUGCUCUUCCUGCUCGUUGCCGAGCGUCGCCGAAUUCGCAGCCGUCCUGGCCCGACGCCGUGCGCGGCACUGGGCGUGGCUGCGCACGCCCCGGCCCGCCGAGACUCCGCCGCGAUGCCGGCCGACAGCUCGGAGGACCUCAUGCAGCAGGCUGCCGAGGCGGGGCACCUGCUGGCGGAGGAUAGCCCCGCCGCUCCCCGACGGCUCGCCGGCAAUCGCCGGCGCGCGGCCGGCGCGGCGGCGGCUGCUGUUGCGCUCGCGCUGGUGGCCGCGGCGGCCGUGUGGCGCGGCGGCAGCGGGGCGGGCCGGGAGGCGGCCGACGUCGCCGCGGCGAGGUUGCAGGUAGAGACCAAGUCGAGACACGCCAAGAACUCGAAGACGGCCCAAGUCAGGCCGAAGGUGGCCGCGGACAGUGUGACGGUGGCCACGAACAGCGCGCCGAAAGAGCCGUGCGUGUGGAAGGGUGGCGAUUGCACGCGGUCCCAGUGUUGCCUCGACGGCGGCGACCACGGCUUCCAGUGCUUCCAGCGCGACGGGGAUCUCUCCGUGUGCGCCGAGUCUUGCGCUGAGGGUGUGCACGAGGAGGACGACACCGUGCUUUACGACAAGUCUGGGAACACGUACAAGCCAGAGUGGACUUGCGAGAAGGUCGGGAAGCGGUCCGAGCCUGGUUGUCAUGUGUUCGAGGAGAAGACGUGCCCCAAAGACCGGUGCGAAUGGAAGGCUAACAAGUGCAAGUUGCCGUGUGCGGACUUCUCCGACCAGAACACAUGCAACGGCCGCGAUGAGUGCAUGUGGCAUGGCGACACUUGCAAAGACAGCUGUUGGGUGUAUGGGAAGAGUAAGAAUUGCACCUCCGAGGAAAACAGAGACCGGUGUGUGCAGAGGGGUGACCAAUGUGUUGCCGGUUGCUGGACCUACUCUGACAAGGGCGGGUGCGGGACCGGCACCCAGUGCAUUUGGCGCCCCGGGGGAUUCUGUGAAGAGGACGAGUGCUCUGCUCCUGGGGAAGAUUGCACGGAGACAAAGUGUUGCAGUGGUGCUCGAGGCGGUGGUGGCAUGACUUGCUUUAAGCAGGACGAGUAUUACGCAACGUGUUCAAAGUCCUGCUCUGAGGACGGCUGGGACUGUACGGAAUUGGGGAAUCGCACCAAGACUGACCCGCAUUGCAGUUGGGCGGGCUUGGACUGUUCUCAGACCGGCAUGUGCUGCAAUGUAGGCUUCGAAUGCAUGGUGAAGGACGAGUAUUUCACCGGGUGCGUCCAGACCUUCACCAUGGUGAUCCAGAAGGGCGAGUUGACGAAGGUCCAGAUGGACCUGCCCGAGGGCUGGCCGGCGGACCCGAAGUUUAUCGGGGGCGGGCAGCUCGAGUACGAGUUUCCGAAGGCACAGGACGGCGAGGAGUUGGGAACCGACUUGUACUGCGUCAUGGCCUACCUCCCAGGUUCAUAUGAGGAGGGCUUGAUGGAGGUGGCCAAGGCGAACAGCGCGAGCGUAUUCGCAUGUGACGCCUACGAUUUAUUCCAAACGUGGCAGUCAACCUACGUUGAUUGGGCUUCCGAGCAGACGACUUUGCAGAACACUGAUGUCUUCCUCAACGUAUGGGAGCAGGUCAAGAAAGCUGGACACCUCUGGUCGCACAGCUGGACAGUGAAAGUGGACCCGGAUUGCCUUCUCGUGCCGCAGCGCUUGAAGUGGCAUUUGGAGGCGCUGAAAGUGCCCAAGAAGCAGCCGAUCUACGUGAAAAACAACGACCUGAACGCUUCGCAGGGUAACAACGGUUUCCUUGGCGCAGUCGAGAUAUUUUCGCGGGAGGCCUUGGAGUUGUACUACGAUUGGUGGCCGAAUUGUCAGGAGACCCUCGGGGUGGACUCCGGGGAGGACGGCUUCAUGAAGGGGUGCAUGGACGCGCUCGGCGUCGGCUACGUGGUGGACGGCGGCGGGUUCAAGCCGGACGACGACGUCGCAGUCUGCAAGCAGGGCAAGUGGGCAGCCUACCACCCGAUGAAGGACCAGAAAAACUACCAGUGCUGCAUCGACAUUAUCAAUGGCAUCGACCGGGAGACAGAGUGGGGCCACUGCCCAGAAAUGCCGGACGAUUGGGCCAACAGGACUUGGCCUGGUGCUGGGCCAGAGGGGCAUGAGCCGAGGUGGCGGAAGCAAGCACAGUGAGAAUUUGGAGUCUGAGACCCACGGAGGCCGAAGCGACGUCCUUUCUUGAUUUGUUUUGCCUUGGCCUUGUGAGUUUGUAGAUAGUUUAAUAAUUCGUUCCCAUGGGAAUGCGCGGCCGAAUUGGUCCCGUGCUCCGUUCCAGGUCCAGCCAGGCAGCGGACGCGCGUGGUGCAUGCGGAUUGUAAUUUGCCCCCGUGAGGGGUGCAUGCGGAUUGUAAUUUGCCCCCGUGACACAAAAGGUUUGUGCCGAAUCUACAGUUUGUAGGCGGGCGGCUUGGUCAAAGUUCCAAGCUUCGCAGUGAAACUAGAAUGAUCCGAGGAUGCAACGUCUUCAGUCCCGUGCUCCAGUUUCGCAACCGUCGCAGGGAUCGCAGUGUGUAGCAUUUUUUGUUGACGGUGCUUGGACGUCACACUUGCGCAAGCUUCUUUCAUCAAACGAAUCCAUUGUGCUCAGAUCGACUGAACUCUUAUAACGUCGAGUCACCGCUGCCCCCUCUGAUGGGCCCAAUGUGGAAAACUUGCCCAUCACCCUUGCCUUCUAGAAAC